AUGCUGCCCGCCGCGGGCAAGUACGCGGCGAGGAAGAGGAAGAAGCCGGUGCGGAGGAGUCCUAAAGCACCAUCUCUGGAGGGAGCCAGGUCCAAUCCUUCCAAAAGGCACCGGGACCGGCUGAAUCAGGAGCUGAACAAACUCACCAGCUUGCUGCCCUUCCCCGAGGACGUGUGCACCCGGCUGGACAAGCUGUCCAUCCUCAGGCUGACCGUGGGCUACCUGAAGGUGAAGGGCUACCUCGCAGGUGAAUUUCCCCACCACGGAGGCCCAUUGGCUGACCCACCCAUAAACCCAGGAAGAAGUGCAAAUAACUUUCCACAGAUCAAUGUAGAUCUAUUGUCUGAAGGUGACUUGCUUCUUCAGGCCCUCAAUGGCUUCCUCAUGGCAGUGACUGAAGACGGCUGUGUCUUCUACGUCUCCCCCACAGUCCAGGACUACCUGGGGUUUCACCAAUCAGACAUCAUCUAUCAGAGUGUGUAUGAGCUGAUCCACAAGGAAGACAGAGCCGUGUUCCAGAGCCAGUUCCGCUGGCAUCCAGACCCAGCACCUGUCAGCAGAGCGGCGGAGCAGGACACCAGCGCUUUCCCUGGACCGAGGUUUCUCCCACCUGCCGGCACCCCCACUGACAACGUGCAGCAUCCUCCCCUGGAGAACUCCUCCUGUCUGGAGAGAAGCUUUGUCUGCCGAUUCCGUUGCCUUCUGGACAGUUCUUCUGGGUUUCUGGAACUGAAUUUUCAGGGCCAUCUUAAAUUCCUCCCUGGGCAGAACAAGUCAGAGAAUGACGUCCUCUCGUUUCCUCAGCUCACCCUGUUUGCUGUUGCAACACCUCAUCAGCCUCUCACCAUCCUGGAGCUCCAAAAUAAACCAUUUCUUUUCCAAACAAAACACAAAUUGGAUUUCACACCUAUAGCCUGUGAUUCCAGAGGAAAGGUGAUCCUGGGCUACACGGAGAGCGAGCUCUGCAGGAAUGGGUCGGGCUACCAGUUCAUCCACGCCGCGGACAUGAUGUACUGCGCGGAGAACCACGUGCGGAUGAUGAGAACCGGCGAGAGCGGCCUCACGGUGUUCAGGCUGCUCACCAAGCGCGCCGGCUGGCUGUGGGUGCAAUCCAACGCGCGCCUCGUGUUCCGCGGCGGCCAGCCAGACUGCAUCGUGGCCCGUCAGCGGGCGCUGACGAACUCAGAGGGAGAGGAGCACCUGCACACGCGGACCCUGCGGCUGCCAUUCACCUUCAUCACAGAUGCUGAAUUCUCCAACAGCCUCUGCCUCACACUAGGACAACCUUCUGGGCCCAGCAGCCUGUACUUGUGUGCUUUUGGCAAAGGAGGUUUCACUCGAUGA